AUGAUAAAUAUUAGUGGUGGUAGCGGUCGUAGUAAUGGUGGUGGUGGUGGUGGUGGUAGUGGUGGUAGUGGUGGUAGUGGUGGUAGUAGUAGUAGUAGUGGUGGUGGUAGUAGUAGUAGUGGUGGUGGUAGUAGUAGUAGUGGUGGUGGUGGUAGUAGUAGUAGUAGUGGUAGUAAUACUAUUACUUCACGAGCAAACAAUGAUUUAAUGUAA